AUGCUCCUCUUACAUCAACCGAUUAAUCCCAUCUCCUCUCCCGCCAAAGUGGAUAUCUCACUACUACUCAAGCCCGACGAUGAGGAGGAAGAAAAACCACUGCCACAAGGACAGCUACACCGACCCUCGUCUUCUUCAUCUGCUGCUUCGUCUAGGAGGCCAUCUAUGCUAGGAAGAGGGACAGAAACAGGAGUAGGAACAGGAAAUAUGCCGUCCGCAUCGACAUCGACAUCAGCGGCGGCGGCAAAACCAAACACAACAUCGCCAAUCUCAACAAUAGCAGGGACAAAACGGCAUUCCUCGUCGUCGCUCGGAAACGAGCCGCCUGCGAAAAAACAGUCCAAAUGGUCACCCGAGGAGGAUACCCUGAUUAUCGAGCUGCGCGGGCGCGGCAUGAAGUGGGAGGAUAUCAGCAAGAGGCUGCCUGGUCGCAGCGCGAUUAGCUGUCGGUUGCACUACCAGAACUACCUGGAGAGGAGGAGCGAGUGGGACGAGGAUCGGAAGAACAAGCUGGCGAGGCUGUAUGAGAGAUUCAAAGCCGAAAUGUGGGCCAAAGUUGCGGAAGAAAUGGCCAUUCCAUGGCGAGCCGCAGAGGCAAUGCAUUGGCAACUGGGCGAACAGGAAAUGGCUCGUCGCGCCGGGGUGGUUCCCUUUUCGCUGUCCAGCGGCUCGUCGUCGGUCGAGCCUCCGCCCAAACUUCGUCGACACACAACGGUCAUGCCUCGACUGCGAAGGCAGUCUAUGUCUGUCACCAGUGCUAUCCAGCCUGCGCCUCCUCCGCCGCCGCCUCCGUUGGGUCUGGUCCAUGGGGCCCCAGCUCAUGCUGUUGUACAUCCUACGCCGUUUGUUCAGAGUCUUCCUCAACCACUGCCUCCGCUUCCUCAGCAGCCAGCACAACCAGUGCAGCCACAGCCGCAGCUGCCAUCAGUCGAGGAAUUGACAGCAGGCGUCCCGGCAUACACUUCCCCAGUCACGCAGCCCAUCAUCGACCCCUAUCGCUCUCGACCACCGCAAUUACCUCUUCCCCAUCCUCCUCCACCAGACAUGUCCGGAAUGUCGCCGCCACAGAUGAUACCUCGAACGAGACCAUAG